UAAGGCAAUAAGAGUGUGUCUAAGCCUUCCAAGAUCAACCGCCAACGAGACUCUAUUAAUGGAAGGAGGUGAGAUGGCACUCAGCAUAAGAAGAAAUCUCGCAUUGCAGCAAAGUAUCUGGUGAGAAUCAGCUCACAAACCGGCUUUCCACUGAUCAGAGAGAUAGACAAGCCGGCGUUCAAGAGAGAAUGGAAUCAAGAAUCCUGUUUCAUCGAAAGAGCCUCCCGUUUCAUCGAGGCAGCAGGGAUCGAUCUAAAAACAACCGACAAAUUCCACAUCCAUUCAAAGCCCCCAUGGCGGAUGACAGCACCCGGGAUCGUUAUAGCUCCCGCUAUUUCAGCAGAGGCAAAUGUUUUUAUCAAAGAAAGGUGGGGCAAACAUACCCUCAUCUUCACUGAUGCAGCAAGAAGACGCGACGGAAGCUGCGGAGCGGCUUUCGUGGUCCCAGAGAUGGGAGUAAGAGAACUCUUUCCACUCGGAAAUAUAGAGUCAACGGAGGAGGGAGAAUUGACAGCCAUUCUUAUGGCAACGAAGUGGGUGGAGCAAAACGUCACAGAUAUGGCCGUAAUAAUGUCUGACUCAAGACCGGCCUUAGGAAAAAUAACAUCAAUCACAGUGAGCCAGACAUCCACAACCGCAAGAUGCAUACAAAACAUAUGGAGAGAAGUAAAUGAUAGAGGGAGUCACUUAGAAUUUGCAUGGAUCAAAGGCCACUCCGGCAUUAGAGGCAACGACGAGGCGGACCGGGCAGCAAAAAUGGCAGCUGGAUUACCAGCAAUCAUGAGCAUCAGACCAUCGGUAGAUACUCAAAAAAGCAGGUUAGAAGAGCACGCCAAGAAAACGUGGCAGAGGCAGUGGUCAUCGCCGAAAACCUCCGCCGGCAAGUUCUACAUAAAACACUCCCCAACUGCGCUUUUCCGCCCAGCUUUCUUUGGGGAAUCGAGAGCAGAACAAUUGUCUCUCUCCAGAAUUCGCCUUGACAAACUCAACCUUAAUUACAAGCUAUUUAAGGAAAAUCUUCACCCGACGGGCCUUUGCGACACGUGUAAGAAGUACGAAACCACCGAACAUACACUGAUGGAGUGCCCACGCUACGGAGAAGAAAGAAAAGAAAUGUACAAAAGAGUAAACAAGAAAACCCGAGAAGAAAUAUCUUUGUCCACCCUCCUAAAAUUCCAAACCAAAGAAACCCGGAGAGCAGUCCUAUUCUUCUUCAAGAAAACAGGUCUGCUGAACCGGAGCAGCAAAGAAUAAGAGAACCUCCUGUCAAGAUCCUGGCGAGAAUAGGCCACACAGCCUGAUGUUCGCCAGUUAAAAAACCAACUCAACCAACCAACCAACCAACCAUUUCGCGUGGCGUCGGACCUGAGGAUGGUAGCUCGAAACUGACGUCUCCUUUCUUGAAAUUCCACUACCAAUUUCGUGUGCUUGGACAUGGAUUUUUUGAAUAAAAUCCAUGCUAAGUUGUGAAAGGAGGAGUAUGGCUUGGCUUCACCAGCACGUUUUUCAUCUCCGUUAGGCAAAUACACCCAUUUUGGUAGUAAAAGUGCUACAAAAGAAAGUAGUUCUUUAAAAUCUUUUACACAAUAUAAAUCUCCUAAAUUCAUACAGGUCUUUCAUCUUUGGGAUGUACCUGAUAUGCUGUGAAUCAUCCUGUGAUAAAAAGGAAUGGCAUCAAUGUCAGUUGUCAGUGUAAUAAAAGAUUAUCAAUAUCAUUUUUGCAUUGGUAAAUUACUAGCUCACACGCAAAAAACCAAGAGAAGUUCAAGAUUAUUUUGGUCCCGUCGUUGUUCCUUACCAAGUAGUUGAUUUUGUCACAUUGUAAAGGUCACUGAACAAUGAGAAUCUAUAAAAAUUCUUUGUGAGCUACUGUUUAAAGAUUCUUUGAGUUUUUUUUUAAGACAAAAAAGAAAUGUCUGUUGGUAUGUGAAAAGGGUGUUAACUUUCCUUUUUCGACGGGUCGAAAUUUAGAAAAAGUUGUGUAUAUGUCAUCAAAUAUAACUGUAUAACGAGAAAAAACUAUAUUAUAAAAUGAAAUACAAAACAAGAAAAAUUA